GCACGAAGGUCAACUUGAACGCCACCCCCCACCAGUAUAUACGCACAGGCCAACCGGCGCAGAUCUGGAGACCAGGGCCAUAUAGUAACGCGCAGUGAAUCGGAAGUUUACGUUCCACAAAUACAAAAACAACACGAACGAUGGCAUGUAUUAUGGCGCUUCGUGCUCUGCGGCGCAGCCCCAACAACAACACUUGGCUGCAGCCAUCAACAGCGACGACGUCGACCACAACAACUACAUCUACAUCGCUAGAGAAGGGAAAACAGCCAGUCGCUUUCUCAUUGCUGUCGUCGUCGGUUGCUUUCAGUAGCUAUUCAGCCAGCAAACCCGGAAGCUCGGUAGCGUCGCUCUCAUCUGGAUUUAAAUUUCUGCAAUUCAAAAGUUCUUGUUCAGGCGAAAACAUGCCCAUUAAGUCGAUCAAAGCACGUCAAAUCUAUGACUCGCGUGGCAACCCCACCGUCGAGGUCGAUCUCACCACGGAGCUAGGUCUCUUCCGUGCUGCCGUGCCCUCCGGCGCCUCCACCGGUGUCCAUGAGGCUUUGGAGCUGCGCGAUGGUGACAAGGCCAACUACCAUGGCAAGAGUGUGUUGAAGGCCGUUGGCCACGUCAACGACUCCAUCGGUCCUGAGCUGAUCAAGGCCAAUUUGGAUGUGGUCGAUCAGGCUGCCAUUGACAACUUCAUGAUCAAGCUCGAUGGUACCGAGAACAAGAGCAAAUUCGGCGCUAAUGCCAUUCUGGGUGUUUCCCUGGCCGUUGCCAAGGCUGGCGCUGCCAAGAAGAACAUCCCUCUAUACAAACACAUUGCCGACUUGGCUGGCAACAAGGAGAUCAUCCUGCCAGUUCCUGCCUUCAAUGUGAUCAACGGCGGCAGCCAUGCUGGCAACAAGCUGGCCAUGCAGGAAUUCAUGAUCCUGCCAACCGGCGCCACCAGCUUCACUGAGGCCAUGAAGAUGGGCUCAGAGGUGUACCACCAUCUGAAGAACGUGAUCAAGGCCAAGUUCGGUUUGGAUGCCACCGCUGUUGGUGAUGAGGGUGGCUUUGCCCCCAACAUUCAGUCGAACAAGGAGGCCCUGAACCUGAUCAGUGAUGCCAUUGCUAAGGCCGGCUACACCGGCAAGAUUGAGAUCGGCAUGGAUGUUGCCGCUUCUGAGUUCUUCAGAGACGGCCAGUACGAUCUGGACUUCAAGAACCCACAGAGCGACAAGGCACAGUGGCUGUCGCCCGAGAAGUUGGCCAAUCUGUACCAGGAGUUCAUCAAGGACUUCCCCAUUGUGUCCAUUGAGGAUCCCUUCGAUCAGGAUCAUUGGGAUGCCUGGACAGCUCUGACCGGCGCUACCAAGAUCCAAAUUGUCGGCGAUGACUUGACAGUCACCAACCCCAAGCGCAUUGCCACUGCCGUGGAGAAGAAGGCCUGCAACUGCCUGUUGCUGAAGGUCAACCAGAUCGGCACAGUCACUGAAUCCAUUCAGGCUCAUCUGUUGGCCAAGAAGAACGGUUGGGGCACCAUGGUCUCUCACCGCUCCGGCGAAACCGAGGACUCCUUCAUUGGUGAUUUGGUUGUGGGUCUCUCGACCGGCCAGAUCAAGACCGGCGCUCCCUGCCGCUCGGAGCGUCUGGCCAAGUACAACCAGAUCUUGCGCAUUGAGGAGGAGAUCGGCAGUGGUGUGAAGUUCGCUGGCAAAUGCUUCAGAAAUCCUCAGUAAGCCAUUAAACAGCACUUCAAAAUUCCAAACAAAACCACGCCAACCACAACACGCCGCCACAAACUAAGAACGCCACAAUAAAGUGAAAAAGGCGAGGUUGUGCGAAUUUCGCAAAUUCGGUGUAUGUGUGUUCAUCAAUCUUUCGAUUUGUGUCUGGCGCACAAAGCCUCAAAUAUACAUAGAUUACCAAAACUUUAGCUGUCCUUCUUUUGCUUCGUUGUUCAUAUAGACACUAUUGUUAUGUAUAACAUGAUCUAAUCAUUAUUUAUAUACAAAUAAAUUACGUAUGCUACUUUAAACUGUCGAAACAGGACAGCUCCAAAACAAAGACACGAAUAAGUAUAUCAUUGUAGUCGUUGGAAUUUCUUCGAAAUUAGAAAUACAUACACACCCAUUGAACAGAGAGUACAUAACAUAAUAAAUUAUACUGAAUUGUUGUUGAGACAUGCAUAGAACUUAAGCAUUCAAGUUGUUCAACUCAAUAAAUUGUUCUUUAACCACCAA